GAUAAAGUGUUUUGCGUCACUUGCUCGUUGAGAACUCUACACCUCAAACCUUGAGGUAAAGUUUCUCUUCGAAAAUCAAGUCUCUUCAACCAAUCUGCGCCUUUGCAGAUCUCAUCAAGUCAAUCCUGUGCAAGGCUUAUCAAGUUCAUCUCGAAUCAACGCCUAUUCCAGAUUUGACACAUUGUCGAAACCCAUCUGCACAACCGCAGAGCACUUGCCAUCAAGAACAAUUACUCUUCCAAACUCUCACCUUCUACACCGACUCUUUCUUGAAACCCUCACCUUCAAACACCCUUCGCUCCACCAAGCUCACCUGAACAAGCAGAAUCGCUCACCAUGCUUACGCCAUGCUCCAGUCAGCCUCAGAGCACCUUCGUUCCCUUCGGCCAGACGCCUGCUGUGAAUCUUCUUCGACAUACGGCUGUGCCUACUCAUUCCUGCACCAAGAUUCUGAACCUGGGUCGUGACGAUAUUCGCAACAUCCUCUUCACCUUAUUCUCCGAAUCUCCAAAAGCAGGCAAUGUCAUCCUCUUCACGAUCUGUGGCUCAGACCCAGCUGUGCUUGCCAGAAACAUCUUCUUGCUCACAUAUCUUGUGACCCACGUCAGCAAGGCCGCCAACAUACCGGACAAGCUCGAACCUGAGAAAAUCACAAAGGAGACAGCCACACUCUGGGCUUUGUACUAUCACAUGUACAUCAUUCGUGACGAUAUGCAUGUUAUGGGUGAGCAUCUGAAAGAUAUUCUUGCCGCUUCGACGACACUUGCAAUAUGGGAAAGCUCUCGCUACGCGGAUCCUUUGAAGUUCCUCUCAGAAAGCACUCUCGUCGAGGUUCGUACAUAUUGGCAAAGGUACCUGGACGCUCGCAAUGAUCCAAAGAGCGCAACCCGUCCAAAGGCAGCCAUUUUGAAGAAAUUCUCAAGGGACGAAACGCGAUCUGAGAGACUCAACUUGCCUGCGAACCGCACUGCGGGAAUCCACAGUCUCACACACAUCCCGUCUUUACGCACUGCGUUCCACAAAUUCUGGAAGACAGGAGUUGUUGCUGGUAACGAGUCAGAUGUUGGUGCCUUGAACCAAGAAGGCGAUGGUCUCGUCAAUCCUCUACUCAGCAUCAAUUCUUUACCUACUCGGGCAUUCAUCCUCCAUCCUAACUCAGAUCCAUUGCUGAGUUUCCACCUCGCACCGGUAUUUGACCAGCCUGCCAAGGAAAAGUUCAUGCCGGAAGUUCUUGCGGCUCUUGCCAAAGCCCAAUUUGGGAACUGGUGUGCUGUGGUCCAACAACACAUGAGGCUGCGCACCGUCCAAAUCUCAUUCCACCACGGCGAUUCUCUCAGCCUGUGUUACUGGCUCCAACAGCACAAAGACGUCCCGACGCAGAUGCCUGCAUACGUGUAUUCCUACCUCCGCUCAUGGACAGCCAAGACGUUUGACUUGACUCCUACAGCCGAUCUCAUAGUGGAGUACGAUGUCAUCGAGACGUCGGAACUGGGCGAUCGUUGCGGUGUGUUGAACUUGCUUCCAGCAGCUAUUCCUCUAUUAAGCAAGCGCGCCAACGCCGUCUUAUACACAGACACGUUUCGAUGCACCCCGAAUACCACGUCUGAGUAUCUCAGCAAGUUGCUGCUGGCUGAUCCGGUGACAUGUGCUCUGUUGUUUGAUUUGAUGCCCCUUGGCCUCGCCACUGGCACAUCAGUUGAACAUUUUGGAUCUGAUAUCAUCAUCAACCAUCUCAAUUCAGACAAUGUCAUGAAUCCACUGCACCGAGUGCGCGUGACCUGGAAGCGUCCUGACGGAGGCGAUGGGACGAGACCCACGCCGAUCACCCCAUCACCACCGCAAGUGAGUGUCGACGCUAAACAACUCGCGUCCUUGUUCAUCAACUGGUACUUGGCGCUAUUUCGCCAAUCCGCACAGCCUGCUCGCUGGAACUUCCAUGGUACUAGCGAGUACAGGUACACGCAAGUUACCUUCGUGGGGCUCAUCGUUCUCGCCCAUCAGCAAAUCGAGACCGAAUGGCAGAAAUGUAUCACAACGCUUAUUGACGGUAUCCGUGCUUGGGCUGGCCAAUCUCAAAAGAAGGCAUUCGUGCAGGAGCUCCUGACAUUAUUACAUAUGUCUGGUCUCUAUUGCGAUUCAGAUCUCACGACACCGGCUUCCGACACUGCUAAGAAGCUCACUGAGUCCUCAAACCAGAUAGCGCUGACCUCACUCAAGCGCUUUCCCGAGCUGUCCAACAUUGUCUGUGUGGCCUUGGUCAUUCCCAGACGGAAGUUCCGAGUGCUCCCGUCUUUUGAAUUGGAGUCUUUCAGCUACCUCUGUCUGCACAUGGUGAUACAAAACGAGGGCAUGCUUGACAAUCGCUUUGCAUCAAUUCAUGCGUGCUUUGGUUGCCUAAACCUGGGCGAAGGCUCGGCGCCUGCUAGCAUUGAAGAGGACCCCGCAGGAUGGCAAGGUUCGUCAAAACUCAUAGUAAUGUGCGUCGUGCCAGCCUUUCAAUUUCUGGUAGGACGCGAAGGACGGACGCGAGUCGCUGUUGGUGUCAGUGACCUCUCGACCAUAAACGCUCUCGCUCGUGUUGUUGGACCAGGAACACGCAUUUUCGAGGCAUCCAUCAAUGAUGGCAACCAUGUGCACCUUUUGACUACACUUCCUAGUGUGACCUCAUCGCCGACCAGUGCGCUGUGUGCCAACGUCGCACCUGCGCGCAAUCUACACGAAUCUGCCAGCAGGCUGACCAUGGUCAACGGCAUUGCUAAGUCACUAUCUGCAAGAGUUACCCUGACUGGAAAAGUUGAAUGCCAUCGACUGAAAAACGACUGCGUCAUCAGAGCUUCUCAGCACGGAUCUUGCUCGAUGUUCAUCUUCAUCGGCCCGGAGUGUCGCAAGUUGAGCUUUCCAUUUCCGAUCGACGGAUCGCGCUGCGAUCCAAAAUCGCCGCGUGCGGCGCUUUGGAUCGAACUCACUGCACCUAUUACCUGCGCACCCAAAGAGCACGGCUACGAGCUAGACCCGUUCCCCCUGGUCAUCGAUCGGGGUCAAUUACUCUCGUGGAGCCUUGGCAGAAUCAAUCUUUCGAUUUGCCCUCCGAUCUCAUCAGCUGUUCCAUUCAGGCAUUUGAAGCUCUUCAUCGAGAUGGCUGAGAGUAUUCAGGAAGUUCGAGCUUUGGCCAACCCUGCCAACAAGAAUGGUUGCGAUGAUGCAUCAGAGUUCGUGGGUGCAAUGUCGAUCCCGAAAAGCUCCGCGGAGCUGUUCACCUCGCAAAUGACGAUGUUCAAGUUGAAACGGUCGAUUGCACUCCUUUUUGACGCUGCCAAUGAUCGUGUCGGUCGUGCUGGGCAGACACUCAACGCCGUGACGAUGUCUACAAUCAAAGGCGAAGAAUUCCUCAUCAUUCUUGGACAGCUGCUGCACGAUCUGGAUCAAGGUUCGAUCUGUAUGGAAGUAUAUGUGGUACCGCUUCCAAAACAGAGACCGAAUCAGCUCACUUUCGCCUUGUCGUCACUGAAAUUUACUGGUCGCGCUGUGGGUAUCCAGAUCCCUGAAGAAGUGGCCAAUCAUUGGAAGGCACUGCUCCCAGCCAUGGUCGAACGCUGCCGCUACGGUUGGCAACAUAAAUCAAGCUGCGAGUACUCCAUCGGAGAAGAGUUCAGAUGUCCACGCACUCGUCCGUUACGCAAGUCGCCAAUUUGCUCAUGCGGUCAAGGUCAUGAUGUUGACGGUAUUCCGGAAGCGUACCAAGUCCUCGGUCCUUUUGCAACACGCGUCGCCAUCUCGCCGCUGUCCGCAAUGCCAUAUGUCGAAGUGAUGGCACUCGACAUGGAGCAAUAUGAAUUGGCCAAAGUGUGGGGAAAUCAGCUGUCUCAACCCGUCAACAAUGAGAUGGUACAGACGCGAUAUUUGACAUCCUGCUCCCACUGUCGCAAGCCAGGUAUCGACAUGAUCGAUUGUCGCCAGUGUCACAAAGAACAGUGGUGCAGCAAGAAGUGCGAACGCGAGGCACGCCAAAACCACAAGCAGAUCCGCAACAAGUACACACUCAUUUCCAGGGCGAAGGGCCUGCGCCCAAGGAUGUGUAUCUUAACACACCUGGCAUGUCAUUCCAAGAGCAUUACGUUCAAUUUAUGAUGUCAUGUCAGCUCGCCGACAUGAUAAAUAUGAGUCUGGAGGACUAUCUGACCAAGUUUCCCCCACGUCGCUGAUUCGCCUUUGUGUGUCGUAUGGAAUGCUUUCCUGUCAUCGAUCUUGGAGCCUGCACUUUUAUGAUGGCACGCAUGUAGCUCAAACGGCUAAAUGGAAUCGCUCUGCAA